AAAUAGAAUGGUAGGUUGUGUAAUACAUAAAGCAGCCUUGAUCCUCUUUGUGGUUUGGAUUGCGCUUUGUUAAUCUACAAGAGCAAAGGACUCACGCUGUUCGUUGUAGGGGUCUCCCGGUAAUCACCUUGCUAUUUACCAACACAUCGCUGGGGACACUGGCAGAGAUCUCACGGCGCCGCCAUGCCUCUGAUGCAGUCCCCGAGUAGACCCUCCUCUAGCAUUCCUUGCGCCUGCGCAUUGAGAGGCCGAGGAGCAGGAGCCAACUGGAGCACCUAGCAGGGGAAUCCUGCCAUAUAGCGGCGCCGAGUAUGACUCACUUGAGGCACCCUUGGAAGGUUAGCACCGAGCAGGCUGUGGACUAGCCUCCAGGAUCUACCUUAGCUCUGCAGCUGUGUAUGAGUCCUUGUCUGUCACCGUACAGAGGGAGAGUCCUGCUGGAGGUCUGCCCAGCACCCUGCCUGAUCACACGGGUAUCUUCGGCUCUGCACAAGGGGGUUCAGCAGCUGGGAGAUCCUUUGCAGCGCAUUGCACAAGGAAGGCAGCAGCACUCAGAGCUCCUGCAAAGCACUGCUCAAGGAAUCCCCCGGCACCACAAAGAGCCUCUACAGCGCACUGCACACGGGAUGCGGCACCACUGAGCUGCAGAGCACUGUGCAGGAUCCUUAGUAGCUGCAGAGCACAGGAGGGAGCAUUCACGAAGGCUAAAAGGUUGCAGAGCACCGUGCAGGAGACUCGGCAAAACAACUAGCGGGUGCAGCGCACUGUCCUGUGGAUUCAGCACCCCUGGUAGCUCAUGCAGCACGGUUUCAGCACUCAGGAUAGUUACUGCAGCGCACUAGCCCGGAAAGCCCCAGCAGCGCACUGUACCAGCUAUUCAGCACCCCGGAUAGCUCCUGCAGCGCACUGUCCCGUGUAUUCAGCACUCGGAUAGCUCCUGCAGCGCACUGAGCAAGGACUGGACACUAGGAGGACAUGAGAUUAUGAGCGCAGGAUGAUGGCCCCUCUCUUCAUGCAGCUCUGUCUGCUUGGGCUACUGAGAAGAAGUGUGGCUACCGACACAGAGGAGAGGCUCGUCGAAUUUCUUCUAGAUCCUUCUCGUUACAACAAGCUGAUCCGUCCUGCCACUAACGGCUCAGAGCAGGUCACUGUCCAACUAAUGGUCUCUCUGGCACAGCUCAUCAGUGUGCAUGAACGGGAGCAGAUAAUGACCACCAACGUAUGGCUGACUCAGGAAUGGGAGGAUUACAGGCUAACCUGGGACCCAGCAGAAUUUGAUCAUAUGAAAAAAGUCAGGCUUCCCUCUAAGCACAUCUGGCUUCCAGAUGUCGUACUCUACAACAAUGCUGAUGGGAUGUAUGAGGUGUCUUUCUACUCCAAUGCUGUGGUUUCCUAUGAUGGAAGUAUUUUUUGGUUACCCCCUGCUAUAUAUAAAAGCGCCUGCAAAAUCGAGGUCAAGCACUUCCCUUUUGACCAGCAGAACUGUACUAUGAAAUUCCGUUCUUGGACAUAUGACCGCACAGAGAUUGAUCUUGUGCUGAAGAGUGAUGUGGCUAGUCUUGAUGACUUCACACCUAGUGGGGAAUGGGACAUCAUUGCUUUACCAGGGAGACGAAAUGAGAACCCAGAGGACACAACCUAUGUGGACAUUACUUAUGAUUUCAUAAUUCGACGCAAGCCCCUCUUCUACACCAUCAACCUCAUUAUACCUUGCAUUCUUAUUACAUCAUUGGCCAUCCUUGUCUUCUACUUGCCUUCCGACUGUGGCGAGAAGAUGACAUUGUGCAUUUCAGUGCUGCUUGCAUUAACUGUCUUCCUACUUCUGAUUUCCAAGAUCGUACCUCCAACCUCUCUGGAUGUGCCACUGGUGGGCAAAUAUCUGAUGUUCACCAUGGUUCUAGUGACUUUUUCCAUUGUAACCAGUGUUUGUGUGUUAAAUGUGCACCACCGUUCCCCUACAACACACACCAUGCCCCCUUGGGUCAAAGUGGUAUUCUUAGACAAGCUUCCAACUUUACUCUUCAUGAAACAGCCAAGGCAGAACUGUGCCCGUCAGCGACUUCGACAACAGAGGCAAAGCCAGGAAAGAGCAACUGGAAGCUUUUUCUUAAGGGAUAGCGCCAAAUCCUGCACCUGCUAUGUUAAUCAAGCCACAGUGAAAAAGUAUGGGGGACAGCUUCCCGAGCUACCAGAGGGGGUUAAUGGGUUCCGAGACAGGCAAGGAAAAGUACGACAAUGUCUUUGUGGCUUAGAGGAGGCUGUGGACGGAGUGCGCUUCAUAGCUGAUCACAUGAAGAGUGAAGAUGAUGACCAGAGUGUGAGUGAAGAUUGGAAAUAUGUUGCCAUGGUGAUCGAUCGCUUGUUCCUGUGGAUUUUUGUGUUUGUAUGUGUCUUUGGGACAAUUGGCAUGUUUUUGCAGCCACUUUUCCAGAAUUACACAACAAACACCCUGUUACAACUAAACCACGCAGCUCCCAACUAACUCUACAGGGAUACACAGAAGAUAUCGACUUGUACGUGGCACUAAUUUUUGUUCUGGUAGGAGAUGCAAAUUCCCUGAACUCCAGCCAAAAACUGCAAUCCACCUGAAGUGUUUUAGGAACAGUGGCCCACUUCGAAAAAGAGUUAGUAUCAUGCCAACGUAUCCAAAAUGGAAUUCUUCUGCAUUUGUUUCCUCCUAACACUCUCAGUGAUGUUUAUAUUCACUGCGGAAAACUUCCUGUGCACUUUUUUUGCGAAUCCGCCCUACAAACAUCAUCUUAUCUCAAGCAAUAAAGCUACAGAUGACAGCUGGAUCCAAAGCUAUUUAGUCCUUAUCCUUGCGCUAGGGCUGUCCCUUAAUCACAAAAUAAUUUCACUUUUAGAUUUUAGAAGGCCCACUGAUUAGACUUCAUUUUCCCAAGGAAGGAAUUUGACCGCCCUCCCCUCUUUAUGUCAUUUUAGUUAAAAUACUCACUUCUAUUUAAAUGCAAGGCUGCAUUUUGAAAUGAGUCAUGUACAAAAAAAAAGUAUGUUAUGCAGACCCUUUUGUGUUUUGAAUUUUCUUGGUUUUUUUUUUUAGUUUACAGGUUUGAGAUAAGGUGAAUGGGCAAGCUGGUUUGCAGAGCCUGGCAUCUGCUUUUGCAUGUUAGAGAAGUUGUUUGAUGAAGGUAUGUGUUGCAAGCACCUUCACUGGUUCUCUUACUUAAACUAAUAUGUGUGACACACAACCUGAGAAUAGUCAUGUUGUGAUCUGCAGGUAGUGCCUACUUG